UCAUCGCGGAGUAUCACGUCAGUUAACCUCUGCCCUUUCACAGCUUAAUUGAAACGACGAUUCGCGAAGGAGACGUGCAGGUGUUCCACGGUCAUAAUUAAACGAAAACAACCUCCCGCCCAUGUGGAAAGUGUUGAACGGCGCUCACUACCCGAUACGCUGAAAAUCAUACAUCAGCAUUCCGACGCAUUGGCUAUUUAAAAGCCCUGUCACCCAAGAUGAACAGCAGUGGACAAGCGUAUCCCCUCGCUUCUCUGUAUGUAGGCGACCUGCAUUCUGAUGUUACGGAGGCCAUGCUUUACCAGAAAUUUUCUCCUGCUGGACCCAUCAUGUCGAUCCGUGUGUGCCGUGACAUCAUAACACGCAGAUCUCUGGGAUAUGCCUACAUAAACUUCCAGCAACCAGCUGAUGCGGAGUGUGCCUUGGAUACAAUGAACUACGAUGUUAUUAAGGGUCGGCCUAUCAGAAUAAUGUGGUCUCAGCGUGACCCGGGACUCAGGAAGUCUGGUGUGGGAAACAUCUUUAUCAAGAACAUGGAUGAGUCGAUUGACAACAAGGCACUGUAUGAUACCUUCUCAGCCUUUGGCAAUAUUUUGUCCUGCAAGGUUGUUUGUGACGAGAAAGGGUCCAAAGGCUAUGGAUUUGUUCACUUUGAAACUCACGAGGCUGCAAACCGGGCCAUUGGAACCAUGAAUGGGAUGCUCCUGAAUGAUAGGAAAGUUCAAAAGACAGGUAAUCAGUUGGAAUCUGGCAUUGUCAACCCAAAGGCCCAUUUUCUGGGGGGAACAUGUCAGUUCUUCCUGCUUAGUUUUGUUGGCCACUUUAAGUCCCGCAAGGAAAGAGAGGUGGAGUUUGGCAACAAAGCUAUGAAGUUCACCAACGUCUACAUCAAAAACUUUGGUGAAGACUACACUGAUGAGAAACUCAUGGAAGUCUUUACUGCAUUUGGGAGGACUCUCAGUGUGCGAGUGAUGAAGGAUGAGAGGGGCCGGUCACGAGGAUUUGGCUUUGUAAACUACGCUAACCACGAGGAUGCUCAGAAGGCAGUUAAUGAAAUGAAUGGAAAGGAGAUCAAUGGGAAGAUCAUCUAUGUUGGUCGGGCUCAGAAGCGGCUGGAGCGCCAGGGAGAGCUCAAGCGCAAGUUUGACCAGAUCAAACAGGACCGCAUCCAGCGCUAUCAGGGGGUGAAUCUGUAUGUGAAGAACUUGGAUGAUAGCAUAGAUGACGAGAGACUCCGGAAGGAAUUUGCCCCUUAUGGCACCAUCACCAGUGCCAAGGUCAUGACAGACGGCUCCCAAAGCAAGGGCUUUGGCUUUGUUUGUUUCUCUUCACCUGAGGAAGCAACAAAAGCAGUGACUGAAAUGAACGGGAGAAUUGUUGCAACCAAGCCACUGUAUGUGGCUCUGGCUCAGCGGAGAGAGGAGCGUAAAGCGAUUCUGACCAAUAAAUACAUGCAGAGACUUGCUACCUUGAGGACCAUGACGAGUCCGAUCAUUGACUCUUACCAGCAGGCCGGAUACUACAUGACUGUACCACAGCCUCCCACUCGCUCCUUCUACAACCACAAUGCUGUCAGCAACAUGAGACCAGUGCCUCGUUGGACAGGACAACCCCCAAGACUACAGGGCACCUAUUCAACCCAGUUUGUUGGUACCUCUGUUCCCCGACGUGGAUCGACCCCCAUCGCUACAGUCAGACAGGCCUCCACCCAGGCUCCGCGCAUCAUAAGCUCCACACAAAAGACAAAUAACAUUGCCACGCAGACUGUAGGAGGGCGUACUGACAUGCCUGGUAUGACCAGAAGCGGCCAGUACAAGUACUCGUCUGCAGUGAGAAACGUCCAGCAGGUCGUUACUGUACCUGCACCCAUGACGAGACUACAGGUUAUUCCUGCACCUGUGAUGGAGCAACCGGUGCACAUUCAAGGCCACGAGCCGCUCACCGCCUCGAUGUUGGCUUCAGCUCCACUCAUGGAUCAGAAACAGCUUCUCGGGGAGCGAUUGUACCCGGUGAUCCAUGCCCUUCACCCAAACUUGGCUGGAAAAAUCACUGGCAUGCUGCUGGAGAUCGACAACUCUGAGCUGCUGCACAUGCUGGAGACACCCGAGUCCCUGCAUGCUAAGGUGGACGAGGCGAUUGCUGUCCUGCAGGCUCACCAGGCGAAGGAAUGCUCUCCUAAGAAGUGAAGAGCCCUUUCAGAUGUCAACGACUUUCUGGAGGAGGGAAAAAUAAAAAUAAAAAGAGUAAAAUUUUGAAAAAGAGAUUUGUAAAAGUUAAAGCUAUUUUGUUGUUGCAAUACCUUUUGGUUAGAAGAUAAAGUUUACAGUAUAUGCAUUAAA